GAAAUUGUUAGUAAAAUAUCACGUGACCGUCAGCUAUUGUAAGCCAAAUAUCCAGAUUGUUUGUAUAUAGAGUAUUGUACAUACUUGUAUAGUCUAGUAUGAGGAAUACGGUAAGCUCCGGCCGGAGCAAAACGGCGAAGGACAAGGGUAGCACAAAAUCAUCACAGAACAACACAGUCAAGUCAGAGGGACCGCCUGUUAAACAAAUACAGGCAACUGCAGAGCAGGUAGCAUUCAACAACAUGAUACAGACGAAAGACACUGCAGAUGAACAAGAACAAAAGAAAAAGAUAAACAAGAUAAUAGAGUUGACACAUUGCUCUCAGGAAAUGGCAGAAAUUGCUCUCUAUGACAGUAAGAAUGACAUGGAAUGUGCAGUCACAAUUGUCUUUGAGGGUGCUGCUGAGAGUGAAUGGCGAGAGACGGGCAAGAAAAAGAAAAAACAAAAGUCAGAGCCUGUCCCUGCGCCUUCUGAAAACCAUGUGGAAAAGAAGGCAGACAAACGAGAGGUCAGUGAUCGAAAUGACAGAGACAACCGGGACAGAAACAAGGAAGAUAAGGAAAAUGACAUGGGAUAUCGUGAACCCUCAGACAAUUACCGGCGGCCUCGUCGAAAUGACAACAGGCCACCACGAUUAUCAAGAGGGCGUGGUCGACCAGAUCGAGCAGGAGAUCGUCCUGACCGAGACGAGGAAGGGGACCGGGACGACAACAGGGACCGUUCAUUUUCAGAACGAGGCAGAGGGCGAGGGAGGGGAGGAUUGGGUCCAAGAAGAGGGAGAGGUGGGAGUAACUUCCGUACCGCAAGGCCAGGAUUUGACAAGCCUCCUCCUACACAGUUUGAAAAUGGCCCAGAAAUUGACACAUGGACAAAUGAAACAGCUGUGAUUGGAGAAAAGGAACCAAAGAUUUCCAAGUGGGGAGACAAGGAGGAUUGGAGUGAGGACAUCGACAGCUGGACAGGCAGUUUGGCUGAGACCAAAGUAUUCACUGCAAGUUCAAACCCAGCGCCUGAACCUGCUGCACUCGAACCAAUCAGCAAUACGUUCGACAUUGGAGUUUUAUAUCCAAAACAACAAAAUGAGAUGGCUGUUGAGGAUAACUACAUCUCACAGUUUAAUCAGCAAGCAACUGAAUCUAUCAAGAAUUCCAUUGGUAUUGGGUCUGGUCCAAGUUCAUCCCUUCAGAACUCAAUGAAUUCUCAGACAGCAUCAAAUGUGAGUGCUCUUGUAUCUCUACAGCAAACAGCUUUACAUGACAACCUGGGAUCUGGGUUGUCUGAGCUGACGGGGAAUGGGCUGUCUCACUCUGGGAUUGGUGGGGGUAGUCUCGGUACCAGUCUGGGCGGUUCUCUCGCUUCCAGUAUCACUGGCAAUCCUUUACACAGCGGCAGUCUCAGUGGGGAACUCACUGGCAAUGGACUUGGUGGUAGUAUGUCAGAGCCUGUGCCGGGCGGCAGUCUAACCGGGUCCAGCGUGUCUGAUGGCAGCCUUGCUGGCUCCCAGGCCGAGUCCUCUAUGGCACAAUCACAGGCUGCUAUGAUGCAACAACGCGCCAAGCCACAAAAAACAAAACUGCCACCACCAUCAAAGAUUCCGGCAUCUGCAGUUGAGAUGCCUGACCACAUGAUGACAGGACUUGAUGGACAGUUUGGAAAUCUUGAAUUUGGGUUUUCUUUUGGAGGAAAUGAAUCUGGUUCAUCUGCAUUCUCGAGUGCCGAGACUAAUAGCACAUCAUCCAUGAGUACACAUCAGCAGCCUUCCCUUAGCAAGGCUGGGGAGGCGUUGAUGAGUUCUGGCCUGGACAGUUCUCCACGCUCCACCCUUUACCAGCAAUCUCCCUACACCACACCAACCAAACAGACACAGGCAGACAACCCCAGCAAGAUCAACUCGCCACCAGAACCUUUGCAGAUGCCUGGAGGAAGCCAAGAUCUGAAAUCCAGUCCACUUGUCCCUGGACAAAGUCAGCCAGCAUCGCUACCGACAACAUACCAGUCAUCCAGCUACCAGUCACAGAAACCAAGUACGGCAUUCCAGUCGAGCAACAAGCCGGGCGCUUACCCUGGUCCCAGCCAGCCACAGCAAAACUCCAACCAAUUUUCUAGUCAGUAUCGACAGUCAAACUUCCCGUCUGGCUCAAGCCAGUUUCCGUCUGGGUCACAGUACCAGUCUCCUCCUAGUGGCUACCAGUCUAGCCAGCAAAGCUACCAGUCAGCACAGUCUGGCUUCCAGUCCAACCAGGCUCAGUUCCCAUCAGGCCAGAGUCAGUUUCAGAACUUCCAGUCUGGUUCUACAUUCCCUAACCAGUCAAGUUACUCUUCUAAUCAGGCGAGUCAGAGUUCAUUGUACCCUUCUACAACAUCAUCAUCAUUUUCAAAUCAGUCUCAACAGAGCUCACUUUACUCUCAAAAUACAAGACAGGGAUCAUACUCCAAUCAGCCAUAUUUAAACCAUGACCAUGGUGCAAGCUCGGGUACAUCAUUUCAGACUUCGGUGACAAAGGCCAAUUCACCCUUCAAAGAUAACCAGAGUGGUGCAAGUGCUUUCAGAGACAAUAUAUCUACAAAUAAAUCCAGAGAAUCAACAUCAGACAACACAGCGUUUAGCCGGGACACCAAUUCAGCAUCAAGCUUCAGUGAUAACCAGUCAAUGUCUUACAAUAGAGACAGUCAGUCUGUAGGUAGUGCAUAUGGUCGUGACCCAUCAAAUGCUUACAAAAGAGAUUCUAAGUCUGCUAGUGGUUCGUAUCCCCGUGAUAGCUCAGCCGGUGAAAGUGCUCCAUUGAAUCGAGAUUCUCAGUCCUCUAGUGCCUCGUACACAUCGAGAGACGGUCAAUCUGCUAACACUGGUUUCAGGGAAAACCAGAGAGACAGUCAGUCUGCCAACACUGGUUUCAGAGAAAACCAGACUGGUGCAGCAGGGUUUGGAACCCAGGCAGGCUCGUAUCCACGUGAUAGCAACUCAACUCAGUCUCAAUCUGGAUUUAGUGCUAAAACGUUCAGAAACUCAACCGAGGUCUCAAGUUCAUUGCAGAAUUCCUUAACUGGAAACAAACUUAUGGACAGUUUUUCUAACAUGACUGUGAAUGAGGGAUCAUUGGAUGGUCGGCAGUCAUCACAGGGUGAGGGAGGCAGUAGUAGUCGAACACCCAGCACAACGCCAGCAUCCACUACGCUGAGUACAACAGUGACAAGCAGCACGACCACAAAAAUCUCAACACUGCCAUCCUCCACUGCAGCUUCAUCAUCCAAAGGUCCCCCAAACUUGCCACCGGGAGUUCCCCUGAUGGCAGCAGCUCAGCAGUACAUCAUGGGACAGGCCGGACAACUGCCCUUCUAUAACCUACCUGGAGUGCAGGGGAUGCAGCAGCCAUUGUACGCCAACAUGGAAGAUUUCCAAUACAGACUGCCCCCACACGCUGCAAACAACCUGUAUGAGCUCACAGCAGCUGCAGGGCUACAGAUACCGCCAACAUCACUGUCAGCAAGCAGUUCACAGCAGCCCAGCGUCCCAUCAGUACCCACUGUGCCAUACACAGGAUCACAAGACAAUUCAGGGAAGUUGAACCGGUUAGAGGCCCAGUCUCCUACUGGUACAGUUCCUACCACAACCCCUAACGUACCGGUAACCGGCCAAGCAGGGCACCAACAACAGCCAUUCAUUCUCAACUAUGGCUACUACUACCCACCCAACAUGUUCCCAGGCAACCCUGGAAUACAAGGAUACCCUAUGAUACCAAUGCCACAGGUGACCAAUGCUGCUCAUGCUGGCUCCACAGCCAACACACAAUACCAGCAGAAAAACUUCAGCUCCCAUGUGCAGUAUGGAACUAACAAAGUGUAUGAUGAGUUGUCUGGUCAGAGUGGAGGGGAUUUCAACAAGAGCCCCUACGGCAGCUCCCAGUCCCAACCCAAACCCUCUGCUAACUCAACAGUGACAGGGUCAUCCGACAUCUCUUCACUGCCUGGUGGCUACAGUAAGACCCAUCCCCAGGCUUUCGACAAGCAGGGUUUCCAUGCAGGGACCCCUCCCCCUUUCAAUCUGCAGAUGGCGGCAGGGCAGCUGGCCACGGGGACCCAAGCAGGCUCACUUGGGGCUCACACGACACCAUACGCUCCCUAUGUGCCGAUGAUGCCCCACCAGCCACACUCGCAGAUGCUGCACCAUCCUUUACAGGACACAAGUUCAUCAAGCCGUGGGGGCCAGCAGACUGGUGGCCAGUCUAAGACGUCGGGUAAAACCUAUAGCUCUGGCUCUAACUGGGGGCCUUACUAGAGGCAUAGAAGCUUGGAUAGAUGCUCCGGAAACGUCAAGGCAUCCUCUGGACUUGACUGUGAACAACUUACAUUAAAUAUCAUAUCUUAAGAAUUAAACUAUAGGAUGGUUGAUUUGUUGUUGUUCCUGGUACAAGAUGUAUUCUGCAUAAUGCAUCAAUUUGGUAUAUUUCGCUUAUGAUAGCUGAUUAUUUUUGUGAAUAAAGAAAUCAAUCGCUGUUACAAAAAGUAUUUUAAACUUGUCUAUUUUUGAUUACUGAUACAUGUUUAUGCUGCUUACUAAUGAUCUGCAUAUAGAGAUGCUUGAAUUUUGCUACGGUCAUGAAAAAAUGGUGUCUUAUUAAGCAGGAGUGCUGAAAUAUGCACUCUAAACCAUGGUCUACCAUUUGGCAUGACUCAAAAAUGACCAGUUUUGUUUUGCAUAUUGUACAGUAAUGUGUCUGUAAUUAUCUUGAUCAACUGUUGUAAUCUGUAUAUCUUUUUCUUGUACAGUGUAGUUAAAUGUAUUUUUCUUGCGUGAUUUUCUUAAUAAGAGUAUGUGUUGUUGAAUAAAUUGUUGCGCUUACAACUUCCGUCUUGUUAACAUGACUAGAAACUAGAUUAAAACAGAAAAUUACAGAAAAGUGUGGUGACUAAGAUAGAUGGAUUGAAACAAUAAACAUGAAAUUCUUGAACAGAUUUUAUGAAGAAGUGAUAUUUUAUAACACCUUAUUAGUAUUUUUUUUUACUAGGAGAUCGGACAAAAAUAAUCUGAUAUAACAUUUUCUCAGAGCUUAUUAAGGAAAUUUUCUAACAAGCUCAGUUUAAACUUGCUUUGGGCUCAUUUUAAAGCUUAUAGAAGUAUAAUCACAUUCAUGUUUCUUUGUUGCUGAUUAUUUCAUUACAUAUGGUCAACGUUUUAUUGAAUAGCAAUCAUAGAAAAUGGUGUAUUGCAUGCUUAACUUGCAUUUUGUAGGUCACUUCGCAAAUUGAUUUUUCAUGUUCUAGUAUGUCAAUCAAGUAAUAGUAUUAUACAAAGAUAACCUGUAAAUAUAUCGCUGUAUAGACAUAGAAGGUAUACAUUUGUUAUAAAUAAACUUUUGAUGUGUUACUUCAGAAUAUUUGUAGUGUGAAUUAGUAUAUUAUUGUGAUUCAAUGAACUUUGUGUUUGUUUUGAAUAUGGACCAAAUGGCUCAGAAUUGAACAGCCUCACAAGGUAACAUAUUUAUAUGGCACUGUGAACAAAUCUGGACAGUUUUGCCUAUCCUUGUCCUCUACGUUUAAACUUGUAUUCUAUGAUAAUGGGUCUUGGUGUUUUAGCUGUGCCAUGUACAUGUUCUCUUGUGGUGUUGACAAGUCGGUCUAGGAAUAGUCACCAGGUUUCUCUGUGAAUAAAAAGGACACAAAAUUCA